AUGCUUCUCUUGAACUCGCCUCUUUCGACUUGUCAAUUCCCUGUCCGCGAGACCCUCUCCGCCAGACCCUCUCCGCCAUUUUGCCACUUCGUUCCACUUAAUCGACCUCCCUUCCCCCAACAUCUCCUGCGGAUCUGCUCAACCAUGUCAGCCACUGCAGUGCCGGAGAAGGCACCAGAUGACUCCUCCAAGCUCAAGACAUUCCUCUCCAUUCUUCGGAAAUUCGUCGGGGUGGCCGACAUUGCCUCGGUUCGAUUCUCGCUUCCAGCACAACUCCUGGAGCCCCGCCCCAAUCUGGAGUACUGGCAUUACCUAGACCGACCGGAGACCUUUGCGAGCAUUGGAAAGUCGGAUGAUGAGCUAGGCCGCAUGUUGGAGGUGUUACGGUUCUGGUUCACCAAGGAUCUGAAAUAUAUCAAGGGGAAACCCUGUAAACCAUACAACUCCACCCUGGGCGAAUUCUUCCGAUGCUCAUGGGAAGUCAACGACAACAUCCCCGAGGAAGCGAAUCUCCCCGGAAUCAACCCCUCUAACGGCUCCUCCACCGUGACGGACGGGGACGAGAACGUCAAGGUGUGCUAUCUGACAGAACAGACCUCCCACCACCCGCCAGUCUCGGCCUUCUAUAUCGACUGCCCCGAGCGAGGCGUCUCGGCGCGCGGGUUCGAUCAAAUCAGCGCCAAGUUCACCGGCACCAGCAUUCGCGUGAGCCCUGGUCAACACAACCUCGGAAUUUUUGUCAAUAUCGAGAAGCGCGACAACGAGGAAUACCAGUUGACCCACCCAGAUGCUCAUCUCGGAGGAAUAUUGCGAGGCGCACUCGCAAUCACAGUCGCUGAUACAUGCUACGUCACAUGCCCAAAGACGGGUAUGAAGGCGAUCUUACAGUAUAUGGAAGAAGGGUGGAUUGGUCGAUCACAGAAUAAAAUGGAGGGUGUGAUCUUCCGCUAUAACGCGGACAAGGACACCGUCACAAGGAUUAAGGAUGUGCCAGAAAAGGACGUCAUUGCGCGACUCUCGGGCUCCUGGCACGGCAAGAUAUACUUCACGCCGGUGGGCAGCAAGGAAGCUAGCCUGCUCAUCGACAUCACACCCCUCUUCCCCAUCACAAAGAGUUUACCACCCGCGGAAGAGCAGCUCUCCAACGAGUCACUCAAGUUCUGGUCGGAGGUGACCGAUGCCAUUGUUGAUAAACAGUUCAGCCAGGCGACGAAACUCAAGCAGGAUAUUGAGGAGCGACAACGGCAACGGGCCGCAGAGCGGACCGAGAAGGGCACCGAGUGGAGCCCACGAUUCUUUACGGGGGCCGUAACGCCACUGGGCAAGCCGGAACUCACCGAAGAGGGACAGAAGGUUCUUGAGGGAAUUCGUGCCGACAAGUUCGCUUUGACCGAAAGUACAAUGAAGGGUGCAUAG